AUGACACGCUGGACAUGCAAUCCAAUCCGAUUUUGAUUUGGCAGAGCGACGAAUCGAUAGCCCCAUCUCCGUCCCUCUGAAUCUGAAAAAGUAAAAGUAAAAAACAAAACCCACACUCAUCUGAAUCUCAUUCGGUAAUCAUUCACAACAAAAAUAUAUAUUUUUUUUAGAAAAAAAGAAACACAAGCGAUCAAUCGGAAAACGCAGAGAACAAAGAACAAACCCAAAUCACUUCUUCAUCUUUCCUUUGGUGUCUCUGUUAGGGUUUUGUUUUCUCUCUCUCUUCCAUGGCCGAAGUCAUCAACAUGCCACCCGAAUCUCUCGACCAAUCCCCCUCUGCUUCCGCUCCUCCUCCUCCUCCUACCGCCGCCGAUGAUGAUCUCCCUCCGCCUCCCCUUCCUCCGCCGUCGCGCCGCCGGGACCGCAGGGACGACCGCGAUUUCGACCGCCAUCCGAACCGCAGCCGUGGCGGCGAUUACUACGACCGCGACAGGGACUUCAAGCGCCGCCGCAGCCCUAGCCCUGGCUACCGCGACCGCCGCUACUCUCCCCCUCCACCGUCCCGCCGUUCGCCUCCGCCGUACAAGCGAUCUAGGAGGGGCAGCCCCCGCGGUUAUGGACCGGACGAUAGAUUUGGCUAUGAUUAUUAUGGGGGUUAUGAGCGGGGAGUGGGUGGAAGAACUGGUUUUGCUGAUGAGAAGUCUUAUGGCAGGUUUGCACAUCGAACUGCUGGGGCAUAUCAUAAUGGGAUGUCUGAUCUGGAUACUCGUGGUUAUGCAGAUUUGCCAAGUGGAGGUGCACACAGAGAGGGGUUGAUGUCCUACAAGCAAUUCAUUCAAGAGCUUGAGGAUGAUAUACUGCCAGCUGAAGCUGAGCGCAGGUAUCAAGAGUACAAAUCAGAGUACAUAUCUACUCAAAAGCGAGCUUAUUUUAAUGCUCAUAAGGAUGAGGAGUGGUUGAAAGAUAAAUACCAUCCAACAAAUCUACUUACUGUAAUUGAAAGGAGGAAUGAAAAUGCUCGACGGUUGGCAAAGGAUUUUUUGCUUGAUUUGCAAAGUGGAACGUUGGACCUAAAUCCUGGUUUAAACUCCUCUUCUUCCAGUAAAUCAGGGCAAGCCAGUGAUCCAAACUCAGAGGAGGAAACAGACAAUGGUGGCAAACGAAGAAGACAUGGUAGGGGAUCUAAUAAAGAUAAUGAUUUCUCAGCUGCUCCCAAGGCUCACCCUUUCAGUUCUGAACCUAGACGGAUUCAAGCAGAUAUUCAACAGGCUCAAGCUGUUGUUCGUAAGCUUGACAUGGAAAAGGGGAUUGAAGAUAAUAUUUUGUGUACCAGUGAUCACAAUAAAAAUGAUGAUAAGGCUCACAGUGGAUCUGUGGGCCCCAUAAUAAUUAUACGGGGCUUAACAUCUGUUAAAGGCCUAGAGGGUGUUGAGCUACUGGACACACUCAUUACAUAUCUUUGGCGGAUUCAUGGUGUAGAUUAUUAUGGAAUGAUUGAGACUAAUGAGGCCAAGGGCUUUAGGCAUGUGAGACCUGAAGGAGCAUGUCAUGAGGAAAUGAGUAAAUCAGGGUCCGAAUGGGAGAAGAAACUUGAUUCAUUUUGGCAGGGAAGGUUGAAUGGUCUGGAUCCAUUGGAAGUGAUGACUGCCAAGGAAAAGAUAGAUGCUGCAGCAGCUGAUGUGUUGGAUCCGUAUGUUAGAAAAAUCAGGGAUGAGAAAUAUGGAUGGAAAUAUGGUUGUGGAGCCAAGGGCUGCACAAAGCUUUUUCAUGCAGCUGAAUUUGUGCACAAACACCUGAAGCUAAAACACCCAGAGCUUGUGAUGGAACUAACGUCAAAAUUGCGUGAGGAACUUUAUUUUCAAAAUUACAUGAAUGAUCCUGAUGCUCCUGGUGGAACGCCUGUCAUGCAGCAACCUCAGAAGGAUAAACCUCUAAAGCGAAGAUUAGGUCUGGAAGGCAGAUUGAAAGAUGAUCGUGGUAAUCGGCGAGACCAGGACAGGAGUGACAGAAUGAAUGGAGAUAGGCCUGAUGGUUCCCCAUCUCAUGAAAGGCAGAUGGGAAAUCAUGAUGAAGCCAUGUAUGAUGCAUAUGGAGGACCUGCUGUACCAUUUACCUCAGAUAUGCCCCCUCCUCCACCAGUGUUGAUGCCUGUACCUGGUGCUGGGCCUUUGGGACCCUUUGUUCCUGCUCCACCAGAAGUUGCAAUGCAGAUGUUAAGAGAGCAAGGAGGACCAUCUUCAUUUGAUGCAUCUGGAAGGAAGAUGCGAUCUGGUCCCCACAUGGGCGGACCGGCACCAAUAAUUGCUGUUCCUCCAACCUUUAGACCUGACCCUCGACGGAUGCGAAGCUAUCAAGACCUGGAUGCCCCAGAAGACGAAGUCACUGUGAUAGAUUAUCGGAGCUUGUAGAUAUCACUAGUUUGGCUGUGUUUCUCUAAUAUGAAUGAGAGUGGGUGGGCAGCAUAGCAUGCCUAUUGCUGUCAACUGUGUCACUCUCUUAAUGAGAGCUGCGGUCUUCACUAAUAAUGGGUUUAGCCUUCAUUUCUUCUAUGAAUUUGUUUGAGAAUCUUAUUAUUUGAGGUGGUGAAAUAUGGGCCGAGCGAAGUGACUUUGAUAUUGUACUAGAGAUAAGAUUUGUAGAUUCGUUUAACAAAAUGACAUCUGAUGUAAGGAUAAAUUAAAGAUGUUAGCUGAUUUAUUUACUGGAUAAUCGUCUGAUUGACUUUAUUCGGUAAGACGAUUGUAUUUGUAGAGAUAAAAACAUCUAUAAGAAUUCCUUUUCCCUAAAUUAUGUUUUUAAUUUUUCUAAAUAUGAUUUUAUUUUAUUUUAUU